GACCCAACAUCCUUCUUUUUUAGAGAAUGCUUAGCUUGGGACACAUCCUCUGUCUCUUACCUUACUUAAACAUCUUUCUGUUUGUCCACUUGAAACACUCAAAACAUCACUCCUCCUCUCACUAGAAAAAAACACUUUUUUUUCUUUUUCCUUUUUUUUAUACCACACAAAUUUUCAUUCCAAACAAAGAUUCUGGUUGGUUAUUAGGAUUAUAAAUCAAUUUAAAUCCCCUUUUUCUCACUGUUUAUGCAUUUAAAAUCUAUAACAAUGGAGGCUUAAAAAACCCAUCUUUUGUUCUUUAAAACCCUCAAAAAAUGCCCAAAAAAACCAUGUUUUUCCCCAUUAAAUUCCUCAUUACAAUACUAAUUUGUUUAUUUUCCAAUGUUUUUUCUAAAUCAAACCCUGAAUUAAAAUCACUUCUUGAGCUAAAAUCUUCACUUGAUCCAUCAAGUUCUUACCUUUCAUCAUGGACUGAAAAUGGUAACCCUUGUGAUGGAAGUUUUGAAGGUGUUUGUUGUAACGAAUAUGGUCAAGUUUCUAAUAUUUCACUUCAAGGAAAAGGGCUUAAAGGUCAACUUUCCCCUGCUAUUUCUGGGCUUAAAUAUUUAACUGGGAUUUAUUUGCAUUAUAAUUCUCUUGUUGGUGAAAUUCCUAAGGAAAUUGGUUCUUUAUCACAUUUAGUUGAUCUUUAUCUUGAUGUUAAUAAUAUUUCUGGGCCCAUUCCUCCUCAGCUUGGUAACAUAGAAAAUCUUCAAGUUUUGCAGUUAUGUUACAAUCAGUUAACAGGAAGCAUCCCAACUCAAUUGGGUUCUUUAAAGAAGCUGAAUGUUCUUGCAUUACAAUCAAAUCAGUUAACUGGUGCCAUUCCUGCAAGUUUAGGAGACAUAGAAACCUUAAUGAGGCUUGAUUUAAGCUUUAAUCACCUAUUUGGUUCAAUCCCAGCUCCAAUUGCUGAUGCUCCUUUGCUCAAAUCUCUUGAUAUUAGAAAUAAUACUCUUUCUGGCAAUGUUCCUUCUGCUCUACAAAAAUUAAAUCAAGGGUUUCAAUAUUCAAAUAAUCCAGGACUAUGUGGAGUUGGCUUCCUAACUCUGGCAGCUUGUCCUGAUUCUGAUCAUCUUGGUCAAAUCAGGCCUCAGCCUUUUGGAGUAGGACCUGAAAAUUCAACUGAGCUUCCUAGGAAAGAAAUCCCAGAAACGGCAAAUGUUAAGCUUCCAAAUUGUGGCGAAACCGGAUGUUCAAAGCCCCCUCGAAAACAUAAUGCUUCGGUUGCUGUCGGAGUUGUAGUUGUAACCCUUGCAUUGUCACUCAUUAGUGUCUUCAUGUUCACUAAAUAUAGGCGUACGAAGCAGAAACUCGGGAGUUCUUUCGAGCUGUCAGAUUCCCGUCUCAGUACUGAUCAGCCUAGAGAGUUCGGUAGGAAAAAUGGAUCACCUUUGAUUAGUCUCGAGUAUCCUAAUGGGUGGGAUCCUUUAUCUGAUGUUCGGAGUUUUAAUGGGUUCUCGAAUGAUGUGAUUCAAGGAUUUCGGUUUAAUUUGGAGGAAGUCGAAUGUGCUACUCAAUACUUCUCGCCAUCGAACUUGUUGGGUAAGAGUGGUUUAUCGGCUGUGUAUAGAGGAGUUUUGAGAGAUGGUUCGGUCGUUGCUGUGAAACGGAUUAGUAAGAGUAGUUGCAAGUCCGAGGAGGCUGAGUUUCUUAAGGGUUUGAAUGUUUUGACCUCUUUGAGGCAUGAAAAUUUGGUUAGAUUGAGAGGCUUUUGUUGCUCUAGGGGAAGAGGUGAAUGCUUUCUCGUCUACGAUUUCGUUCCUAAUGGGAAUUUGUUCAAGUACCUUGACUUAAAAGACGGAGAUGCAACCGUUCUCGAAUGGUCUACUCGAGUAUGGAUUAUCAAUGGCAUUGCCAAAGGAAUCCAAUAUCUACACAGUACAAAACCGAACAAACCAGCAUUAGUUCACCAAAACAUUUCAGCCGAAAAGGUUCAUAUAGACCAACGUUUCAACCCCGUGAUCACUGAUUCCGGUCUUUACAAGCUCCUUACAAAUGACACCGUCUUCUCAGCACUUAAAGUUAGUGCGGCAAUGGGAUACCUCGCUCCCGAGUACACCACAACAGGCAAGUUCACCGAGAAGAGCGAUGUCUAUGCGUUUGGCAUGCUUGUAUUCCAAAUAAUCUCGGGUAGGAGGAAAAUCACCAAUACCAUUCAUAUGGGUGCUGAUUCAUCGCGAUCCCAAGACUUUGUCGACCAAAACCUUCAUGGGAAGUUCUCGGAAUUUGAAGCUGCUAAGUUAGCUAAGAUUGCUUUGAGUUGUACCCAUGAAUUGCCUAACGAAAGGCCUUCCAUCGAUGCGGUCAUUCUAGACUUAGGUAGUUGUACGAGUUGUUAUCGAUCUCCUUGACUCAGAUCGGGACUAAUUGAUACUAAUUAAGGGAUGUUUUUGCCCUAAUUUUCCAAUCUCCUAUGUCUGAGGAGAAAUGUAUGUCUCCUUAUGUCAAAUGUGCUUUGUAACCUGUAGUUGUAGGUACUUGUAUUGUAGAAACACUGGAGAAAUGCAAUGAGAUCUCCUGUUUGUAGUACUGCUACUUUCUGUUUUCAUGUUUAGCAUGAUAUUCAACUAUAUUUCAUUCGUCCCCUUAAA